CUGGAAAUUACUCGCCAAAGAAACUUAAUAGAUCAAGCAAAAACACUUAUUGAUCACAAUACUGCAAAAGAAAAUUUGCAUAGAAUACAAAGUGAUUGCGUGGAUUUGUGUUGUUAUUGGUUGAAUGAGUUAAUUUGUAUGCAAAUACUACAAGAUAAAUGCGCUCAAAUUUUGCAUCAAUUAAUGGUUGGUAAUUGCCAUUGGUUUCUGGCACAAUACGGACACUUAAGUAAGCCUUACUAA